AUGGCCAACGACAAAAGCACCGUAGUCCAUUCGACGACCAUCAGUGAAUUUAAUCCAAGCGAAGACAAAUGGGGCAUUUGGAAAGAGCGUUUGGACAUUCACUUCACCGAAAUAAAUUGCACCGAGGAAAAAGCAAAAAAAGCGAUUUUAUUAAAAUCAAUUGGAUCUUCAGCAUAUGAACUAUUACGCAGUCUAUGUGAUCCAAAGACGCCAGUGAAUAUAGAUUUGAGUGAGCUGUGCGACAUUUUGGAAUCUCACUUCACACCUCCAACUAUUGUAUAUCAUGAACGUAAAAAUUUCCAUGACGCUAUUCGCAACGAAAACGAAAGUGUGUCAACAUGGUAUGCUCGUAUCAAGAAGCUGGCUCUGCAAUGUAAAUAUGGCAACAAUUUGGAUGUGAUGGUAAAAGACAAGUUUAUUACUCAAUUGCCCGAGAAAAUUUUCACACGUAUAUGUGAAGAAGACGAAAAUUUGUCAUUGGCCGAUGCUCUUAAAAAAGCGAUGAAAGUUAACACGGAUUCCGAAGUUAACUACAUGAGUUCAAAAAAAGGACAAAAACCUCGCAACAAAUGCAACAACAACCGUAAAACAGCAGUACAACCGCCUGGCAAGAAAACCGCCUGUACGCGAUGUGGAUGGAAGACACAUGAGGCCACUACAUGUCAAUACAAGGAAGCUACGUGCCAUACCUGUUCAAAGAAGGGUCAUUUAAGUAGCGUUUGCCGCUCCAAACAGGAAAAUAACAAGAAAAAUUUCAAUUUUAUUAAUUCUUCUAAUUCAAACCCAUAUGUAAAUUCUAUUUCUAAUGGCAAUUCGUUUGAUUUUUCUUUAUACAGUUUAAAUGAUGAUGAAUCUAGCGGCAUGUAUUGUUUGAAGGUCAAGUUCAGCGGCACAAUGAUGGACAUUGCAUGUGAUACGGGGGCACCGCGCACAUUUGUUCCGAAGACUUUCUACGAGAAGCAUUUAUCACAGUAUCCGCUAAUGGCUUCAAGUAUUACUUAUGGGGACACCAGCAAACGUAUUACAGUUGUAGUGACCGAUGCAAACGCACCACCUUUAUUAGGUAGAAAUUUUCUACGUGCAUUUAAAUUUUUGCUAGUGCAAAUGGAUCAAAAUCAUGAGAACCUUGUUCACUCGAUUCGAUCUCCAGAGAAUCGAAGUUUGUCCGUAAUUGUAGACCAAAUUAAAAGUCAAUUUUCAGAACUUUUCGAUGGCCAAUUGGGCAAAUAUAAUGUUUGUGAAAUUUCAUUGCAAAUUGAUAGUCAAGCCAAGCCGGUAUUUUGUAAGCCACGACCAAUUCCAAUUGCUUGGAAGUCUGAAAUUGAACAAAAUCUGAGAGAUUUAGUUGCAAACGGCGUUCUUGAACAAAUUGAAACUGCAAAGUGGGGAACACCGUUAGUUCCCGUUCCUAAACCAGAUGGCAAAUUACGUGUCUGUGGUGACUACAAAACUACAAUUAACAAGUUUCUUGUUGAUGUUAAAUACCCAUUGCCUCUGAUCGAGGAAAUCUUCACAUCGUUACAAGGUGGAGAAUUAUUUAGUAAAUUAGACAUGAGUGCUGCCUAUAAUCAAUUGUGUUUGGAUGAAGCAUCAUCUCUAUUGUGUGCUUGGAGUACUCAUAUUGGUACAUUUAAAAUGAAAAGAUUACCUUUUGGCGUAAAGCCGGCAGCUGCUAUUUUUCAAAUGCACAUGGAAAAUUUACUAAGGGGUAUCAAUGGCGUAGUUGUAUAUCAAGAUGAUAUCACAGUCACUGGAAGAGAUUUCAAAGACCAUCUCUUUAAUUUAAAAUCGGUUUUAAAAAAAAUGGCCGAUGCUGGUUUGAGAUUGAAUGCAGUUAAAUGCAUUUUCUUUCAAAAACAAAUUUCUUAUCUUGGUUUUACCAUCGAUAAAAAUGGUCUGCAUAAGAACAGAGACAGAUUUGCGUCUAUUUUGGAUGCACCUAUUCCUAAAGAUAUUCAUGAAUUGAGAGCAUUUAUUGGCAUGGCUAAUUACUACUCACGCUUCAUAAAAGAUUUUUCAAAUAAAAUGAAUCCGUUGUACAUUUUGCUUCGGAAAGACGUUCAAUUCAUAUGGAACACAGAUUGUGAAAAGGCAUACGAUUUAAUAAAACAUGACAUUUCGUCAGAGCAAGUGAUGACUCAUUUCAAUCCAAAACUUCCAAUCGUUCUAACGACUGAUGCAUGCAAACAUUCUGUGGCAGGAGUCUUAUCGCACCGGUUUCCGGAUGGGCUCAAACCCGUUGCUUUCAUUUCGAGAUCCUUAUCCAAAAGUGAAUUGAAUUACUCCGUCAUUGAAAAAGAAGCAUUAGCCAUAUUUUUCUCUGUCACUAAAUUGAAACAAUAUUUAUUGGGAAACUUUUUCACCAUCUCAACAGAUCAUAAACCCCUAUUAUCUAUUUUUGGUGAAACACACGGUUUACCUUUGAUGGCCGCAGCUCGCAUGCAGCGCUGGGCCCUGAUAUUGAGUGGUUUCAAUUAUGAAAUUAAAUAUGUAAAGGGCAUCGAUAAUGAGGCUGACAGUUUAUCACGUUUACCUCAGCUAUCGUACAUUGAAAAAUAUAAUGAUGCAAACUAUAUAGAUUUGAUUGAAAAAGAUAAUGCUUUUCGAAUAAAUUUUAAAAAUAUUGCCAUUGAAACGAGACGCGACCCCAUUCUCAUUAAACUUUUGGAAGCUAUCGAAAGCACCACUAUUGACAAAUUAGAUUCCAAUUUUGAUGUGUUCAAAAGCAAAUCACUUGAACUUACCGUCCAAUAUGGAUGCAUCAUGUGGGGGUUUCGAACGGUGGUGCCAACAAAACUUCGGCAAUAUAUUCUUAAUGAAUUACAUGCAUCCCAUAUGGGAGUAGUCAAAACCAAAUCAUUGGCAAGAUCAUACGUAUGGUGGCCAAAAAUUGAUUCUGAAAUUGAAAAUUUAAUAAAAAAAUGUGUUCCGUGUCAACAAUUGCAGGCAAGUCCACCCAAAGCCGAGCUAAUACCAUGGAUACCAACAGACUCAGUUUGGAGUCGAAUUCAUAUCGACUUUGCUGGACCAAAUCUUAACCAUUAUUUUUUAAUCGUGGUAGAUUCACACACGAAAUGGGCUGAAGUUUUUAAAACAAAAAUAAUCACAUCGGCCUUUACUAUUGGUAAAUUGCGCGAGUUGUUUAGUCGCUAUGGAAUUCCAGACAAAAUUGUUAGCGACAAUGGAACUCAAUUCAAGUCUGCCGAAUUCAAUGACUUUACCACACGUAACAAUAUUGAACACAUUUUCACUUCCCCAGGUCAUGCCGCAACAAAUGGCCAGGCUGAGAAUUUUGUAAAAACGUUCAAAAAGUCAUUCAUUGCUAGUGUAAACAGUGCAAAGUCAAUGAAUUCAUCGCAUAAUAUAGACAAGAUUAUAAAUCGAAUUUUGCUCGAUUAUCGUAACACAAUCCACUGUACAACAAAUGAAACGCCAGCGAAAUUAUUUUUUGGACGCACUUUGCGUACACGCUUCAGUAAUUUGCGACCACCAACCGUUAGUGAGGUAGUUGAAAGCAAGCAAAACAAACAAAUAAAAUAUUUCAAAGGCAAACGAAAUGUAACUUUUAAUAAAGGUCAAAAAGUUAUGAUUAGAAAUCACAAAGAUCCUAACAAUGCAUCAUGGUUGCCAGCAAAGAUUAAACAAAAAAUGGGUCCACGUACGUAUACUUGUGUCUACACACACAACAAUAAAGAAAUAAAUCGUCAUUUGGAUCAAAUUCGUGAUCAAUCUAUUGAUACAGAUAAACCUCUAUAUGAAGAUGUUAAGGCAAAUGCGACUGUGAUCAGUGUUUCUGAUGAGGGUUCAGGUAAUGAAUUGCAAUCGUCACCGUCAUCUAGCAACGAUUCUAAGGCUAAUGAUCCGGACUGGAUUCCAAAUGCAACUCGAAGCACUUCGGAUUCGGGCCAUCAUGAAAAACAAAGAAAAUUGCGCUCGUACAGAAAUCGUAAAGUUAGUUGA